CGCACCAUUCCUUCCCUGCAAAUGACUCCAACAAGUUCCUUUUUCACGCCUUUGGGCCUACAAAUCACAUUUUUGGAAUUUCAUGUUCUACCACCGGAGUAUAAUACUGGCAGCACUGCUAGUGGAGUAUUUCAGUGAUUAAAGAAGGGUUUUAAUUAGAAGGAGGAAGAAUCCAACACCAAACGCGAAUGGCCACACUAUGAUUGUAGUCUUGCACAAUCUCCCGGCACAACUAUAAAUGAUAAGCAGCCAUGGACGCGCCAUCACCAUGGGCCUCCCCUCCCCUCGGAUGCUGCCAAAACCACACUUAUAAGCCACGGACAACACGCCGCCUUCCUUCCUCCCUUCCUUCCUUCUCGGCCCCUCACCACCACCACCGAGAGGAGAGCAGAGAGCAGAGAGAGAUCGAUUGAUUGAUGUCUUCGGUUCCGCCGCCGCCGGUGCCGGAGCGGAGGGUGCCAAUGGUGCCGCGGCUGGCGGUCGAUGAGGGAGGCGGGGGCGGCGGGAGCGGGAGCGUAGCCGGGAUAUCGCCGAGCAUCCUCAUCAUCGCCAUCAUCGUGGUGGUGAUGCUCCUGGCCUCCAUCUCCAUCCACUAUUUCAUCCGCAGCCUCUGCCGCCGCCACUCCUCGGGACCCGGCUCGUCGUCCUCCUCCUCCGCUCCGCCGCUUCCGGUCGUGGUGGCCCGCGCGGCGCCGGCGGGGGAACAGCAGCACGGGAAGGACUCGGCGGCGGCGGCGGCCGCGGAGAGGGAGCGGCUCAUCGCGCGGCUGCCGCUGUUCACGCUGGCGUCGUCGCUGCUCGCUGCGGCGCUGCCCCGGUCGACGAGGGACUGCGCCGUGUGCCAGAGCGCGUUCGGCGCCGACGACGAGCUGCGGCUCCUGCCGGCCUGCCGCCACGCCUUCCAUUCCCGCUGUGUGGACCCGUGGCUCCGCGGGGCGAACCCGUCGUGCCCGCUCUGCCGCGCCUCCAUCGCGCUCCCGCACCCGCCGCUCCACGACCUCCUCCUCCGCGUCGAGCUCGGCAGCGUCAGCAGCCGCCGCUCCACCUCCUCUUCCUCCGCCGCCGACGCCGCCCGUGCGUACCCGCUCCCCAACUCCACCUCGGAGUACCUCGUCCAGGAGGAGGUCGUCCUCAAGCCGCCACCCAGCGCCGCCCCCAACCCGCCGCAUCCACCCCCGCCCCCCACAGCAAGAAUUACCGGCGAGCCGAGUCAGCAGCAGCAGCUUGCACCAACGGCGUCGUUGUCGUCGUCGAUAACGCCGACCGCGUCGUUCAGGUCGGUGGGGCGGUCGAGCAGCAGGUGGAGCAACCGGUGGAGCAGCCGCUGGAGCAGCGGGCGGUGGAGCAGCCGGUACGACGCCGGGAGCGUGACGGCGGCCGCCACGGCCGAGUGGUGGUGGGACAUGGACGGCGGCGCCGCACCGGGCGCGUCGUCGCGGCGGCGAGAGGCCGAGGACAGUAGCGCGUUCUACGGCUUCGUCCGGUGGCUCACCGGCGCAUACUAGCUAGCUAGUAGCUUCACGCGCUCCAUGCUUAUCUGGAGAAAGCUUCCGAUGCCGGACCGGCGACGCGCGGCGUAAUUCCCGAGAUGCCACUCUCCAGUCUCCUCCUCUCCCUGAAACUGAACUCAAAAUUCUGAUGCUGCUGCUGUUGCCGCUCUGCUCGCCUCUGCUUUUUGGGCAUCCGCGACCGUCUGUGAACAGAUUCUCUCUCUUUCUCUCCUGAUGUGGAUUUUUCUGGGGGGAAUGGCGUACGGAUUCCAAAACUGGUUCCGAAUUGGAGAAUGUCGGCGGGAAGACUGAGGAAUUUCGGGGAUUCUGAACAAAAAAAUUCACAUUUCCCAACGCUUGUCAAUUAUGAAUAGUACAGCUACUGCUCCUACUAGUGCUAUACUACUACUGCAUUUUGGUUUGAGUUGUGGUGUUACAUUUGUUGUCAAUUUGUAAUUUCAUUAAAUUUGUUGCAAUGGCAGUGCUGAAUUUUGUGAGUGUGUGUAUCUUUCCUUGCUCUCCUGCGUGAGGGGGGCUGUGACUCUGCCUCAUGUUGCAAUGUACAUUGUAGACUUGUACAGUGGGAUACUACAGAGCACAGACUAGAGGACAGUGGUGUGCUUUGAGGCAGGACAAGCAAAGCAUUUGUUGUGAGCAGCUACAAUGCACAUGGGGUGUUUCUAGGAUAUGGA